CAAGGUUCUCUCGAGAAAGUCCUUGGGAUCUUAUCCAUUGUCAAACUCCAGCAUACGAAAAGCUAGACCAUGUUCGAAGUGAUUGACAGAUACUGAUAGCAGAAAGAAAACAAAAACCUUCAUCCUUUAGCGUUAUUAUUUGAAUGAGUCAUUUGCUCACAUGUGGCUAAGGAUAUACCAGAUCAACAUUGAAGCCAAAUGUUGGUGGACACGUUACUAGAGUUACUUGGAAAACGAAGAAGCUGCGAAUAAUCAUUGUCAAAACCCACACCUGGACCGCGGGUUUCUCAGUUCCACCAAUCUACCAAAUGACAACCUUAGAAUCGAAUUUUAGGACCACUAGUUUGGUUCAACUCCUAGUAUUAGGAUCAAAUUGAAGGAUUGGCUUAUCAUCUACAUCUACAGGUGUGCAUCUAUUAUUAUAAGGUAAGCAGUUUUUUUUUUCCCGGUUCAUGCUACAAUUGAGAAUCUUAGACUAUUGUGGAACCGAGUCACCCAACCCUUUGAAGCGCUAUCACCUUUACUACUCACAGAAAACGAUGGGUGGGCUGGAUUUGGAAUGCUUUCCUUGGUCCAAUGCCUAAAACUAGUGUCGACCCUCUACAGGGUGAGUGACCUGAAGGAAUUGAAGUUGUAAUAAACUAGGCUUACUGGAAGGUGCUGCUCGAUCACCUCCUUUUAGGGAUAGCUAAUGCUUGUUGGGACAGAAAGUGUUGUUUCCAGUGGUCCGGUGAGUGGAUAAUGCACAACAUACUGUUUGAGGUAGAUGACGAUUCAUGUCAGCCGUGCUCAAAUAUUUUCUAGUAACUUUCAACUGCUUUCUGGGUUUGCCUUUGAAUAAGGGGUUCUUCCCAGCGGAAUAACCCAUGUUGUGUGCUACAUUAUCAGAGAUCUUUUUGAACCAUAUCCUUCUCCAGUAUACAAAAUAUAGAAUGUCAAGUAAGUAUAUUCUUGAGUCUAGUCCAAUAGUUGAAUCUUAACCAAUAACCACUGAAAAUCAUGACACAAGUUUGGUAUGUUCCACAAAGCAUAACAUGCCCGGUCAACAACUCUGCUGCAUUUCAAUUUUCUUUGUGAAGGCGAAAGACGAUUUUGAACAGAAGUCAAGGCAUCAUUAACUAUGAAAGUCUGUGGACCUAUUAUUGAAACUGACAGUUGUUGAACGUCAACUUUUGAACUAGUCUUUCUUUAGUCUUUUGGCAGAAAAUCUAGAACGCAGACAUUGCGAACGCAGACAUUGCGGCCCAGAACUCCUCUCCCACUUGCAGUAUGUAGCAUUCCUCCUGGUUGUUCGGGAUGGUAAACAAGCCGAACUAUUUGAGUCCGACUUGUGUUUGACUCGUAAAAAACUUGUUUGAGAUCAACACAAAUUAUGAAUAGGCCAAGGUCGAAAAUGUUUUUAAGCUCGUCAAGUUUUCAAGUUUAUCUUGAACAACCAAGUACUCGGCUGCUUAUCCAAAAAAAAAACAAAAAAAACCGAGUACUCAGCUUGAUAUAACUUACACAGUACAACAAAGACAAAGUAGCUCAAGGCUGACUUGGAUCGGCUUGAUAAGAUGUUGUCUAAGGUCGGCUUGAGUUUAUAGAGAAAUAAAGUUUGAAGACAUUUUUUUGGCUUGUUGAGUUCUCGAGCCGAGCUUAAAUAACUCGGUACCCGAAUUGAUGUCCCAGCUUACGUAGGAGUAUGAAAUUGAAGGUCAUACACUACGGAAUUAAAAGUCCAACUUGACAGCUUCAUUGGUUUCAUUAGUGCCUCCUGCCUGCAAGUCAGGGCAUCUAGCAUCCUUAUUCAAUGUGUAGAAGACGUGUGGUCAAUGCAUUCACAUUUCAUAAGUUGUCGAGACUUUGCUUGGCACCGACAGAUAUAAUUAUAUUGACAAACAAAACAACCUUAAACUAGAGCCACCCGCGUAAAUUCAUGUGCCGGUGGAUUGCAAGGAAACCACCAUGGAUCCAAGACUAUACCGCUCAGCAAAAACAGGCAACACUUUACUCCUCAUACAACUUCUGGAUGAGAAUCCUGGCCUAGUUCUAAAUUUGACGCCUCACGAAAACACCCCACUUCAUAUUGCAGUGCGGUUUGGAAACAAAAAUGUUGUUUCGGAGAUUUAUAACCGACGGCAGUUCCUCCUCACCCGGCCAAACUUGGACGGAGACACGCCUCUGCAUGUGGCAGCCAGAGCCGGCCACUUUGACACAGUUUGUUUUAUUGUUGAAGAGAUCUUGUCUUCAUCUUGUAGAGACAUCGAAAAUAGGUUAAACCAUGGAAUGGAGAUGCUGAGGUUGAGAAACAAAGGGAACAAUACAGUUAUGCAUGAGGCCGUGAGGAACCAUCAUCUUAGAGUGGCAGAGUUUUUGAUAAAGCUCGAUCCGAGCCUGGCAUGUUUGGUUAACAAAGUGGGAGAGUCUCCGUUGUAUCUAGCUGCUAGAGAUGGAAUGCUGGAAAUUGUGAACAGGAUACUGAUGGAAGCUCCCUCCUCAGCACACGGUGGCUCUGACGGCCAAACAGCUCUACAUGCUGCCAUUGUCGAGGGGCACUUCAAAGUCAUGGAUGCCCUUGUAAGAGCAAAACCACAGCUAAUUAAAGAAGCCGAUCAUCAUGGCAGAACCCCACUCUACUAUGCGGCGUCCUCAGGAGACCCCAGAAUGGUUCAAAGACUGCUUCAAUUUGAUACUGCCACUGUCUACAAGUCAAAUAAAGAAGGCCAGUCACCACUUCACGUCGCAGCCUCCAAAGGCUACACCAAAGUACUCAAAGUCAUCAUUUGUCAUUGUCCCGAUUCAGGGGAAUUGUUGGACUCAAGAGGCCGGAACAUUCUUCACAUUGCUGUCUUGAGUGGAGAAAUUAACAUUGUUAGGUAUAUUUUGGGAACAUCGGAGCUAGAGGGGCUUGUAGACCAAUCGGAUAAUGAGGGAAACACACCACUGCAUUUGGCAACAAUGGAAAGAAAAACCCAGAUGGUACGGUACCUAAUGUGGGACAGGAGAGCGGAUCCAAGAGCCAAGAACAAUGUGGGCCAACGAGCGACAGAUGACUGUGAGUCAUUCAAAAAGAUUUCCCUAAGCAAAAGCGAGGAAACAGAAGCUGCUAGCAAAAUGCAAACUUACAAGCAAAUGGGCCACACCCUCCUAAUGGUCGCGACACUAAUUGCAACAGUUACAUUCACUGCUGCUUUCACUAUGCCCGGAGGAUUCAACAACAACCCGGGACCCAACCAAGGGGAGGCUCUUCUGCAAUCAAGCGAAAGCCUUAGGUGGUUCAUCAUUUCCGAUUCUGUCGCAAUGAGCUCCUCCAUGGUUGCGGCUUGCAUUAUUUUCUGGGGAUCUGUUAUUGCCAAGGAAACCUAUCUUUACUACUUUGUUAGCGCCACUUUGCUCACAUAUAUUGCGCUCCAUUCAACUGCUGUUGCGUUCACUACUGGUGUUACCGCUGUCAUGCCAAAUCAGCCGUACAUCAGAAUCAUGUCCCAUGCAGUAGGGAUGUUUUUCCAUGUCAAUACCUGUUUGUUUUUCUUCCAGUUGGCAAAGAUCUUUUCAUGUUCUGAAGUUUAUCAGUUCUUGGUUUAUCGCUUGUGUAAGCUCAAAACCAAAUUCAUCGUGAGAUGACCAUCUAUUUCAGCAAUUUUUACUCAUUUGACUCGGCAUGUAUUGAAAAACCGGAUGCAACUUGGAUAAUGCAAGUUAUUGUCUAUUGAGUAUUGAAUUUGAGGUUCAGUUCAAUUUUCAUGAAAGGAAACAAAAAG